AUGGACGGACCCAUUGCAUCGGCUGUAGUCCUUCCGGAUGAACUAUCACUGCCAGCCUCACCCCCGGUAAACGGCCACAAGAGACGACAAGAAUCACAAUCAGAAGACACCUCAAAGCGACCGCGACUCGAGAAUGAUACUGCCACCCAAGAAAGACGUGAUUCUACCACCAGAGACACAAAAGACGAUAAGCCCGCCCCUGUGCGACGCGAAAGAGGACGAGAGCGCAGGUUAUUCGGCGCCGCCUUGGGUGCACUCUCACAGAACUCUGCUACUACAGGACAGAAACGUCGCGCCGAGAUCGAGAAGCGACAGCUAGCUCAGCGCAAACAGGACGACCAGGAGAGCGAACAGAGGAAGGCAGAGCGUGCAGCCAGGCGCAAAGAGCAACGAUGGAAGGAGCACAAGCUUCUCGAGAGAGAUAUGAUGCGGGCACGUCACGCAAAUCUACUCGCCAUGGCGCACUUCCUCCAGACCAAGUCAGAGCCACACCUCUACUACAAACCCUGGGAAACUAGUCCCGACGAAGAAGACCGCAUACGUGACCAAAUAGCCGAAGCCGAAGAAACCGUCAAACGCGAGAUAGAAGAGUACGAGGCUCGCCAACAACCGGAUAAUCUGCGGAGACGGCGUGCAUCCGAGGAAACAAAGGGUGAUGCAGAGGGUGCAGAAACCGGUAAGAACCAUGAUGCACAUGCACCUCAAGAGACAACCACCACCAAUGGCGAGACUAAUGGUAGCGCCAUCUCCCCCAAGGACCUGGACAUGAAGGACCACCAGCCCGAUACCCCUGACACCAAUGCAAAAGUCGAGCGCGCCACUGAGGACAUACAGAAUAGCCACGGUGCAACUCACGAGACCGUAGCUGACACAACCAUGAAGGAAGAUGACGACGAGAACGGAGAGGAUGUUGUCGAAGAAGCCGCCGAGGACACCGUCAUCUAUUGA